AUGAGACGGUUCAACGAUGACAUCAUGCGCACUAUUCUGGCGAGGGUCCCAGCCUUAUCAUUUGCAGCCGCAGCUUGCAUCAACAAAACUUGGCGCACCAAUGCAGUGAAAGAGGUUCUUGACAAGGUUCUGAGCAAGCCAAUUCGCCCCCACUUCGCUAUUACUGACAGACUAAAAGCCAGAGUUCCUUUGGUUGUUCACAUGAGCCAUGGUGAUGGGCAAGGAUGCGCGCUCUCUGAUGAACUUCGAGAAGUAUAUUUACGCAACUAUGUGAAAUGGGAGUACUUUCAUUACAGUGCUAAUCAUCCUCGUGAGUGCAACGUAUAUGGCAAUAUGAAUCAAGGGAUUGUUCUGGUUCUUGGAUUUGUUCCUGGACUCAAAGAUCCUGAUGUUGACAAGACUGACAAUUUUUCAACAGAUAUUAAGGAUUUCACAGCCGCAGCUUCUGGCCGUGAGUCUCCCUCCGCCAUCAUGAUGUUUGGAGUUAAGUGUUGCGUUGUUCCUCAACAACUUCCACAAUCCACAUACCCUGACGCAUUGAUGCUUCUUGAGUUCCAUGUGAUAUUGACUGGGAAUUUAAUGCCAUUUGGUCCACCAUUCGAGGUGAUCGUUGUGGGAAUGAAUCCUUCUCGAGAACGCUCCGUUUUCCCUGCUAGAAUGGAAGGAUGUCAAGUCAUUUUGAGCAGUGACACACUUUCGGAGACACUUCUUGAAACUGUGAGUAAUCCCCACUUUGAAUUGUACAUCGGUGCCGCUCAACGAAGAGGAUGA